UCACACAUUAUGGCGAUUUCAACCAAUGUCGCAAAACAGUUUGUAUAUAAUUUGCUGAAUAAGAAACUAGUUUGCACUGUAAGCUUUCACCUAAAGCCCAAUAAAAUUAAAAAAUAGUAAUAAUAAUAUCAUGACUUUGGGGGCACAGCUUUGCCACAAGGCUCUGUGAAUGUCAUCAAGCCCAGGUUAACUUGGCCUGGUUAUUUCUCAUCUAUUUUAAGUCAGCAGUUUCUCUUGGUUAUCUAUUCUCUGUGGGGGGACCAUUAAAUGAAAUGCUUUUAUCUUAAUGAGAUUUUAAUCGUUGCUUGGAAGCCUUGUGGCUUUUCAGAGCCUUCUGCUGAAUUUUAAUGUGCAGUGUGGCCCCAUUUUCCCCACCCUUUCCUUUUGGGAUAAAAGACUUCUUUGUCCCAUGUCCUUAGCUGGUGCUUACGGGUAAGACAGAGAAAGCAAGAAGUGGAUACAAGAAGGGCUGAGAGAAUCCUGGUGAGUGGAGGAGGAGGGGGCUGUUCAAACCUGUAGAAACUGCACCAUUGAGUGUGAUGGCCCAAAGUUGGCCAUGGCCUUGCUUGCGAUGACAAAGCCAGUUGUGGUUGAGCUGAGUGAGGGGGUGAAUCCUGGGCAGGAACGCGGACCACUGCUUAGUGCCAGGUUUCCUCCCAGGAUGCACUGAGCCACGGGCUAGCCCCUAAGUACCAGCCCUGCAAGCCCCUCCACGUGUACACAUGGUAACCCCCUCCUUGUUUCUCUUUGUUGCCAGUGGAAAGUCUGAAGGUGGUGGAGAUUGAGAAAUGCAGAAGUGACAUUAAGAAGAUGAGGGAGGAGCUGGCAGCCAGAAACAACAGGACCAACUGUCCCUGUAAAUAUAGUUUCCUGGAUAACAACAAGAGGCCGACGCCUAGACGCGACGUCGCACCUUAUCCCAAGUACCUGCUGUCUCCCGAGACCAUUGAUGCUCUACGGAAGCCAACCUUUGAUGUCUGGCUUUGGGAGCCCAACGAGAUGCUGAGCUGCUUAGAACACAUGUACCAUGACCUCGGCCUGGUCAGAGACUUCAGCAUCAGCCCCGUCACCCUGAAGAGGUGGUUGCUCUGUGUGCAAGACAACUACAGAAACAACCCGUUCCACAACUUCCGGCACUGCUUCUGCGUGACCCAGAUGAUGUACAGCAUGGUCUGGCUCUGUGGUCUCCAGGAGAAGUUUUCCCAGAUGGACAUCCUGAUCCUGAUGACUGCAGCCAUCUGCCAUGAUUUGGAUCAUCCAGGAUACAACAACACGUACCAGAUCAAUGCACGCACAGAGUUGGCCGUCCGCUACAACGACAUCUCACCCCUAGAGAACCACCACUGUGCCGUGGCUUUCCAGAUCCUCGCCCAGCCUGAGUGCAACAUCUUCUCCAAUGUACAGCCAGACGAGUUCAGGCAGAUCAGACAGGGAAUAAUUACACUGAUCUUGGCCACUGACAUGGCAAGGCAUGCAGAAAUCAUGGAUUCUUUCAAAGAAAAAAUGAAGAAUUUUGACUACAGCAAUGAGGAACAUAUGACCCUGCUGAAGGUGAUUCUGAUCAAGUGCUGUGAUAUCUCUAACGAGGUCCGUCCGAUGGAAGUGGCCGAACCCUGGGUGGACUGCUUAUUAGAAGAGUACUUUAUGCAGAGCGACCGUGAGAAGUUGGAAGGGCUUCCUGUGGCCCCGUUUAUGGACAGGGACAAAGUGACUAAAGCUACAGCCCAGAUUGGGUUCAUCAAGUUUGUUCUGAUCCCAAUGUUUGAAACUGUGACCAAGCUCUUCCCUAUGGUUGAAGAAAUAAUGCUCCAGCCCCUUUGGGAAUCCAGAGAUCACUACGAGGAACUGAAGCAAACUGAAGACACCGUGAAAGAGCUGCAGAAGCAGACUGAGAGCCUGACACCUGGGAACACGGAAAAACCAAGAGAAAAAAACAAAGAUGCCAAAAAAGCUGAAGCAGACUGUGCCUGAGGGAAGCUUUGGAGUCACAGAAGCCACUCCUGGACCGGGUGGUCGGAGC